UUGCGACCAAGCACACGAAGGGUGGGGCGAUUUCUGCAGUGUGAAGUUGCUUGCUCAUUUUAGCUGUUUACGCUAGCCUUUUCGCGGAGCGAAGCUGCCUAGAAAUUUGGCGCUGCUCUGCCGUGCCGUAGGCGCUGCUACUGCUUCCGUCCUCGUUGCCUCCUCACGUCAGCGUGCGCGUCGUACGCUGACCUCGGGAGCUUCGAACCUGCGGAGAAAGGUACCAUUGGCGCCUCAAGCGCCGGUCCGCCGGAUGCUGUGCUCCCAGCUCCUCCUUAAACCAUCUGCUAAUUAUCCGCUGUAUCAGUUAGCGAGCGCGCAUCCCUCCCCAUGGGGUCCGAUCCUGAUCCGGAGGGCGGCAAGGCGGUGGCGCCCGCUGCGCCUCGUCGGCCGCUCAAAUUGCGCCUCAAGGUGGGCGGCAUGGUCGUCGACGUCUCGCGCACCGCUCCCAGUGCUCCGCGCGGGGGGAGCGGGGGGAGUUGUGCCAGCAGCGGGAGCAGCCGCGAGGAGCGUAUCAAAUUCGAUCAGCGUGUUGAUUGUGAUGAGCGUAUAAAAUCCGACGACGCGGCUGUCACGGAUCUAGAUCGCAGCGCGAAGGAGCAUAGACGGGCCAGAAAAGAAGGUUCGCGGAAAGAGCGAGGGAAGGAAGCGGAGGGCGGGUGGGAGAUGCAGACGCCGCCGAUAGACGAGCGGCGGACGGGCGCGCGGAGGGGGGAGCGCACGGGCGGGGAGGCGAGGGCGCGAUCGGAGGAGGGAAGGGAGAGGGGGGAGGAGAGGGAGAGGCGGGAGGGCGAGGCAGGCCGAGUGGAAGCGGAGGGCGGGAGGCGGGCGAACUCGUCUCGUGGGUGUGUUACGGAUGGGGUCGGCGCGGGGAAGAGGGUGAGGAGGGAGGGCGAGGGCGGCCGGGCAGAGGCGAGCAGGGCGAGGGAGGUUGAGGUGGAGGAGGACGACGAUGAUAGGACGGUGAAGCGCGAGUCGCGGAGGGAGGGGUUGGACGAGCGCGGUCGGCUGCAGCAGGCGCUGGAGAAGGCGAGGAAGGUGCUGUCGCAGAGCAAGGAAGCAAGCGCGAGCCCCAAGGAAGCGUCCGCGUCUCCCGCCUCGUCGCCCGCGUCCCCAUCCACACCUGCAGUUGUCGGCACCUCCCUCGCCUCGCCAUCCACGCCCUCCGCGCCGCACGUGGGCAGAGCCGCCAGCUUCAAGCGGCCCGCGCCCCUCCGCAGAGCGCAGCAGCCUCACGGCGACUCUCGGGGAGGGGCGAGAGGAGAGCGGGCACGCGCGGAGGGCGAUAGGGAGGGGGAUGCGGUCAGGGGUAGGGGACGGGAGAGGGAUGAGGAGGAGGAAAGAGGAGGGAAGAGGAAACGGCAUGCGAGCGAGGAGAGGGGGACGAGGGAGGCGUGUGAGUAUGAGAGAGGCGAUGAGAAGCGGCACAGGGGGCGGGACGGCAGCAGAGGCGAGGGGGCGGGGAGUGACAAGGAGCAACGGAGCGACCAUCAGCAUGGCUACGAUCGCCAUGCUCACAACCACCUUCACCACAGCCACCGCCACGACCAGCCCAGGCGCAGUCAGCAGCAGCGUGGCAGUCGCAGCCGAAACGGAUCGCAGGAUGGGGGCAGUGCGGGGCAGCACCGCGUGUUCAUAGGCGACCUGGACCCCGCCACCACCGCGGACGAGCUGUCUGAGGCGUUCUCGCGGUUCGGCGCGGUGGGGCACGCGCGCAUGGUGGAGCUGCAGAGCUACGGGUUUGUGGGGUUCUCCAGGCGCGAAGAGGCAGAGGCGGCCAUCGCUGCGGGGGAGGAGGGCAAGUCUACUAUCGUUGUCCGGGGCCAGCGGGUGCGGGUCUCCUGGGCACAUGGGUCCCUGCCAGAAUGGAAGAAGGGCGUUGGGGGGUUCUCCUUUGGUGAAGGUUCUUCGAAGCUUCAGAAUGGCCGCAUGAAGAUGCUGGCAGCUACAGCAGCAGCCAGUGCUACAGCCAUGGCAGUGCUGUCUGGUGCUGCUCCUGUCCCCAUGCCAGUGGGACCUGCUCCCAUGGGCCACAUGCACAUGAGCCUUCACCAUCAGAUGGAGCCACAAGGCAAUAUGCACUCCAUGCAGGAAGCUUUGUCACUCUCAGGAAAUGCGUGGCGUAAUGCUGAUGCUGGUGGUGGUGGUGCUAUAGCUGAUAGUAACACUGGUAGGGGGUGGCGCUCAAUGAUCGCUUAUGAUGACCUCUUUUGACAAAAAGAUUGUUGGGGGAUUCACACAUGGAUGUUAAUAAUUGUUUAAGGCUGAUUUAUUGUU